UGUCAACCCUUUUGCUCCUUCCCCGUUCCUUCAUCUCGUCGCCUCCCCCAUCGCACUCGCACUCACACUACACCUCUCCUUCCCCAAAUACAUACACGCACAAUCAUAGACCAUGGAUGACUUCUACUUCAUGAGUCCGCUCGAGGGAGCAACCAACAACGCCAACGACCGACCCAGCACUCGCCCCGCCUCUCAGCAGUCCACCACUACCGCAGGAGAGUCCUCGACCACUCCUUCCUCAAGGACCUCUUGGUCCUCGUGGGGCGUAUCUUUCAACAAACUGAUAGAGCGCGGCAAGAAGGACAUGAACGAGUUUGUCGAUGUCACCCGCAAGGACUUAACCGAGCUCGUCCACACCGUUCAACAGGAGCACUCCACAGCUAUUGAAUCUCUUACCAAAAAAGUCGGCGACCUAAAGACGACUUUGCCGCCUCUGCCGGCCUCAGUCAACACGACUUCGGCGGAUAUCCUCGGCAGGGUUUCGAAUGUCGUUGGAGGGAUCAGGCAGGAGAUCACAGAAGCUGCUACUGGUGUCUCUUCAAACGCCCAUGCAACACCAACAGUAGGGGCGGAGGACUCCACAAAGGAGAGCUCGACUGAGGCAAAGGAAGGCAAGGCGGAGGGCGAUAGCAAAGAUACAACGGAUAUCGCGACAGCACAGAUAUCUUCCGUAAAGGGCAUCACUGAUCCUGCUGCCACAGCCGCCUCGGCUAACACGCCCUCUGACUCUACAACUGCAGCGGACGCCACUUCAACACUCACAGAUACCACUCAAGCAUCACCAACAACAACAACGGGGUCAACAACAGCACGCGGCGAAAAGACCGCGUCGCUCAGUUUCGCCAGCACAGCCAACCUCUUCUCUGCAGGCGCGACUUCUUUGACCCAGACCCUGACUUCAAGCACGAAGGAGAUCAGUUCGACCGCCAACGAGUUGUUCAAGAAGAAGCUCCCAGCGGUCGCAGAGAAGCAUCUGGGCGAAGCCGACCUAUUCCUGAAGAGCACGACAGAGACCCUGAAGACGAAUGGAUUGCUUGCGGAGCAGUACGUCAAUAAGUUCGGAGCGGGCAUGGUCAACUUUCUGAACAGCGCUGUUGUUAUUUCUGCACCAGAGGAGAAGGAAGUAGCAGCCCGCAGCAAGAAGAUGUUCUUUGACCGAAAGGCGGCGAUGCUGGAGAAACUGCGAAUGGACCCUGCCACAUAUACGGUUGAUCCUAUGACCACCAUCGCCGACAACGACAUUGUUGGUCUGGAGCGAUACAAGUACUUUUUACAGACCUUCAACAUGGCAGAGUAUCAGCAGCGGAUUUCGCGUCUGAUGAACGAAUACCCUGAGGUUAAAGCCUUGAUGAACAAACUAGUUCCCGCUGAGGUCGCGGACGAAGAGCUCUUUUGGCAAAGAUAUCACUUCCGCCUCUACGAGAUUGAGGAAGAAGAAAAGAGGCGCCAGAAACUUGUCCAAGAAGCUGGAGCUGACCUUGCAGACGAAGACUUUACAUGGGACGACAACGACGAGGACGAAGACGAACAGAAAGCAGAGUCAUCUGGCGGACAGGGCAGCAUCACUCCCAAAGCCGACAAGAAGAACACCGACGCCAUGACACCCCGAGCCAGCCAGAUCCUCUCUGGUGUGGACUCGCUAGAAGUCAAGCGGGAACCCCUGACUGCCGAGGCCUUGGCGUCCUCAUUGUCUGCACUUGCCAUCCCUGACGAAACGACAGCCGGAUCCGAUGAUGGCGCCAAAGCAGGACCAGGUUCAGGAUCUGACUAUGAGGAAUGGGGAUCUGAGUCCAUGAAAUCAUCGUCCUCGCCAUCUGUAAAGUCAUUCUCAGCAAAGUCAUCGACGGGCGCACACUCCAAGAGCCCGACCACGAACCUGAGCUCGACCAGGACGAGCGAGGAUGCGUAUGAGGUUGUCGAUGGCGUUGAAACACCCGUCAGGGCUCCGAUGGCUAGCGUUACCUCUGUUUCUUCCGCGGCUUCGUCUCCAGCACUGGGGCAGUCUGCACAGCAGCCGAGCAGCAAACAAAAGUCUUCUGAGACGAGGGUAAACAUCAUAUUCUAUGAAACGUUUUCAAUGAGUUGUCGUGGUCCUUGUCAGCAUGUCCCUAUUACUAAUGCGCGCUGCACCUUAUCCUUGUUUGCGAAAAUAGGAGGAAGAUGACUGGAGCGACUGGGAGUAAGCUCAAUCGAUCUCGAUGAUAUGUUACAUAUAUGCAAAUAGUUUCUAAAGAGUCAACUGUAAUAAAGCUGCUGAUAG